GUUUGAGGGUUUGACUAAUAAAUAACUAGUUAUUGUUACUAGUUGCCGCAGAUGUUAUUUAACUCGAAAAGUUGGUAUACCGUUUCUCACGGUUUCCAGAAAAUGGUUACAUCAACCAGUUACCUUGUGUGAGCAAUUUGAUUGUGGUGAGUCCAGAAGGGACGCUGUGUUUUGACGAAUGUAGUUUCCCAGAUUUGCAGGAAAAGAACCAAGGAAGUGAACAGCAACGCAUGCUGAAUUAUACGAAUGAAAAUGACACCAAACGUCCAGCUGAAGAAACACAAAAUGGCCGACUACGCCAUGAUCACCCACAAAGGGUUCAAGUUCCUGAUUACGAAAAAUCCAUCGAACACCACCUUGGACGCUUUCAUUAAAGAACUAAAAAAACACAAUGUCAAAAUUGUCGUCAGGGUUUGUGAACCGACCUACGAUACAGAGGCUCUCAAGGGGGCCGGAAUACAGGUGUGCAACCUGAACAUUCCGGACGGUACUUCUCCGUCCGAGAAGAUUAUAGACGAAUUCUUUGAUAUCCUCAAGAGACAGUACAAUAUCAAUCCGGAAUCUUGUGUUGCUGUUCACUGCGUUGCAGGUCUUGGUAGGGCGCCUGUUAUGGUUGCUGUAGCUCUUAUCGAGUUGGGCUUCACCUAUGAAGACGCCGUCGACCUCAUCAGAGAGAAGAGGCGAGGCGCCAUCAAUGCCAAGCAGCUAGAAUUUCUCUCUAAAUACAAAUCAAGAUCUCGGCUGGUCAAUGAUAAAAAGAAAGCUUGCAUAAUUCAAUAAACGUUGAUGACGAAGGGUGGCUCAUAUAUUACAUAGCUUACUCGAAACUGCGACUCCAUCUUUGGUCAAUGAAUAAUCCAGUUAAAGAGAAAUGUGAUGACAGUAUAGGAAAUUGAUUGAUAAUUGAUGUUGGUUGAAAGCUGAAGGGGUAAUUUUGACAUGGUCUAGAGGUGUGCUGGAAAGUGUAAGGGUGGCGCAGAUUCAGUCUGAUCAUGUGCAAUUUGUCAAAGUAGAUAGCCUGUAACUUGUUUGGCAUUCUUGGUAACACCUCUACUCAGAUUAAUUGAUUGAAAAAUAAAUAUAUUGCCGCAGAAUUGCACCGUGCAAUUGCAUCUACCAUUUUUCAUUCAUUUUCAUUUUAUAAUUCACGUAACGAGAAUAGUUGUUGAUAUACCUAACAUAGUUAUUGAAUUUGGCAAAUAUUCUCUUGAAACUCUUCAAAAUUUGUGAAAACUCCAGAUAGUUUUCAAUUUCGUGGAUAACUAACUGACUUCAGCUGAGUAGAUUAUUGAUUUCAACUUCAGAUUACGGUUUUAUUACCAAUGAACUAUCCUAACGUCCAUUUGAGAGACACACACACACAAUAGUUUCUCGCGAUAUAUAUUUGGAAGCGUUAAAGUAUCAAAAACAAUUAUUGUUUUAGGAAGACUGAAGGAAUUCAUUUCCAUACUAGUCCAAAGGUCUUUGACAUCACAUAAUUAAUAUGAAAUAUGUAAUUGUUUCUAGUUGUAAAUAUUCAGUUAAUAGUUGUGUAUAUUCAGUUAAUUUGUAUAUUUAAUAGUAGACGUUAUAAUAAUAUUCUAUAUUUCAAUUGGCUUACAAGUAUCUCCUUAUGUUUAUAUUGUAGGAUAAAAUUACCUUCCAAUUAUAUAUAUUCUUCAUUUUUAUUGGGCUAUGUCUUACUACAGUAUCAAAUUUUUCCACUAUUGAACAUUCAAACCAUUUAGCCAAACAACUACAUCAACACCAAUUUCCUUCUCUUGAAUUUCUUUUACUUUUCUCAAGGGGAAUCCUAAGAAACCCUAUUCAGAAAGUAUGGUUUGAGGGAUUAUUUCCUACAUCUGUAACUACAUUCAUAAAAAAUCUUUGAAUGUAUGAAACUUCCCUGUUAUUUUCCAUUAUAUCAAAUAUUCUUAAGAACAAAUCUGACCCUUGUUUUGAGAAUUUUUAUUAUUCGACAACAAAACAUUCAACUGGAAUUUUAACAUUUAUUUAUGAUAAAAAUUAUCAAUUUGAUCUCUCUGGUAUGGCUCUAGAUUUCAAAUUAAAGAAGUCUAGUGUUUUUUGUGAAGGGGUCGCAUUUCCAAUGCACUAUUCAUUCAUUUAUUUCAAUCGUUUUGUAUGAGCCACCAUGUGCUAUACUGAUUUUUAGGCAAUGACCGAAUUUGGCCAUUGAAAUGAAAUCAAUAUUAUUUUAAAGGUUUUUGAAAUUAAAACGAAUCAUUAUGUUUAAUCAGGUUUUAAUGUUUUGAGGCAAAAGUGUAAUUUAUACUUUGGGAAUCAUGUUUUCUAUUGUAAAAACUUUCACAAAAUAGUUCAAGUUACAUGUAGUAUUGAACAUAUUUUUGGCUUCAUUCACGAGGGGUGACUUGAAAUAUUUAAAAAAAGUAUUUGAGGCAUAUACGAACAUUUUAAACUUGUAAGCUACACUUUCUGUUUUUAUGCAAAAAUUAAUUUUUAAUAGAUUAUUUUAAUAUACUAAAAUGUUAUUUCAUUUUAGUUGAAUUGAGGUAAAUUUGCACCAUUUACUUUCAAAACCUCUUGAAAAUAUGCAAAAGUAAUCGCAGUGCAAUGAGGAGACUUAUUUCAAGUCCAAUACUCUUUGUGUUUUCUGUUGAUUUGGCUUUUAUUUCUGCUUCUCGGAAAUAAUUGAAACAUUUUUUUUUAUAAGCAGGAAAGUCAUUAUGGCAGAGUAAAUAAUAUAAUUGUUUUUUCGAUGCAAAGACAAUGGCCAAAUUCGUGUAUUGCAAUGACUCUUAAAACAGAUUUUCUGUUUACCAUCCAAUGAGUGGAUGAUGAAUUGUAUACACCUAGUGAAUUGUCAAAGCAUCAGAAAAGAAAUGUAUAGGAUAAAUGUCUGAACUUUAUGAUUAAUGACUAACAUUUACUUUUUGGCCAGUAAUUUUUCUCCAAUUCCUUACUUUGGCAAGAAAAUAAAAAAUGAAUGUAGUAUUGAAAAAAUAAAUCAUAUAUUUUUUAAAUUAAACCUUAUCAAAAGUUGGCUUGUUGUUUGAAGUUCCUCUGAGGUGAGUUGGACUAUCAUUACUUUGCCAAAUUGUUUAUCUUAUUGUUAUUGUCAUAUAUAAUUUUCUCAAAACUGCUUCCAUCAAAAAGUUAUAGAUAAUUUUGGGAAAGAUCUACCUAUUUUUUACACAAAGUCGCCCUUUUUUAAAUUCGACAAUUACAUUUUUUGUUGCAAGAAAAAGUUUUUAACUAUGAUUAUUCAUGUGAAAAUUUUAGAAGAAAGACGUAUUUUCCCAAAUAGUAUUAAUUUAAUGUAAAGUAUUGAAUAAUGUAAUUUUAUAAACGAAUGUCUUUUUUGGAAUACAACGUAUAUCAAAACAAAA